ACGCGAGAUUAGGCAGCCAGCGGGUCAGAGUGAGGACUCCGAGAUAACAAGCGCAUCCUCGGCCGCCGGUCCUCUGUGAGUCGUCGAAGACCUCCGGGAAGAUGUCUGUGAUGAGUCCGUACCGAGAAACCAGGAGCUAACGGCUGCUUGAACCUCGACCACUGGAUGUUAAGUUUAAAAGUUCUCCUUCGGAAGGUUGUUCCUGAGCUGCGGGGAUAAGCCACCGAGAGGGACAGGUGUCCUCUCACGUCACCAGCCCGUCUCCCCUCUCCAUCCCCCGCUAGACUGUAGUACGACCGGGGCCGGGAGUUAUACUUUUUCUAGUAGUUCUUCUUUUCUUUUUGUACAAAGCUGGACUUUACUGAGCCAUGUUGUGGACAAGGUGGCUCGUCCUGCUGCUCUGCUGGGGGGCCACAAGCGGCGAGCAGCAGGCGGAUGAGAGGGACCGGGCCCCUGCUGAAGUCCAGGCGGACUCCCGCAGACAGCGGAGCCCCCCACCUGUGGAGCCGUUGGAUUUUGGGUUUGUACCGGCGGCGGUUUAUGAUACCCACGCUUACUACGAGCCAGGGCCCAUCGGGCUCCUCUUCCACAUGGUCCAUGCUUAUCUCUACGUUGUUCAACCGAACCCCUUUCCCAAAGAUAUGAUUGUUAAAGUUAUUCAACAAAACAUGGGGGGAAUCAAAGUAGAAGAAUGGAGAAAGCCAGAAAAUGUGGUCCUAUUACUACAGUGGAUCUACUACGAGGCCGGAUUCUUCAUAUGUGCGACCAUCGGUAUCACGUUCGUGGUCCUCACGCCCAUCAUAGGCAUGUGUUUCUGUGUGUGUCGAUGCUGUGAGAACUGUGGAGGGGAGAUGCACCAGAGACAGAGAAAGAACGUCGACUGUCAGAGAGGUUUCUUCACUGCCUCGCUCAUCGCCACCUCCAUCUUCAUGAUUCUGGGAGUACUGAUUGCCUAUGCUGCGAACCAUAAUAUCAGUGCCCAGAUAAAGAGCACUCGGCGGCUCAUUAACACCAAUAUGAGAGACCUGAAGACAUUUGCUAACAACACACCUGCGCAAGUUGAAUACCUGACAGCCCAGUACACCACGGCAAAGAACAAAGUCCUGUCAGACCUCGACAACAUUGGACCUUUGCUGGGUGGGAGGAUCCACAGUCAGCUGGGGAAAGAGGUGGUUCCUUCCCUGGACACUGCGCUGCGUAUGGCAGGAGCCAUGCGGGAGACCAAAGAGGCCCUGGAGAACGUCAGCUCUUCCUUGGAGGUUCUUCAGGAGGGCACGGGGAAACUUCAUGCGAGCCUGUCGGGGGAGCGCGCCUCUCUGUCCAACACCCUGUCAGACCCCGCCUGCACUAAUGGCGCUGUGUCUCACACCUGCAACACCAUCCGCUCCACACUGUCCCAGCUAGGAGUCAAUGCUGACUUCUCCAGGCUCCCUGAUCAUACCAUCAAUCAUGCCUUGGACAAUGUCAACACCGUCUUGAAAACAGACCUCAGCAACAUUGUACAAAAGGGUUACUCGUCCUUUAACGAUACACCAAGACUGGUUAAAGAACAAACUAAAAACAUUGUCACAGCUCUACCUCGAGUAAAAGGCAUGCUGGACAAGAUUGGCACAGAGAUUAACGACUUCUCCAAGAUGUUCCCAGUGGAAGCGUCUCUGGCCAAUUUCACCAUUUUCCUCAACCAAGGACAGAAAAACAUUGAGUCCUUUUACCCACAGAUUGACCAAAUGGAUUUCUACAGGUGGAUCGGCUGUGUGGCAGUGCUCUGCAUGGUCGUCCUUGUCCUGGCCUUCAACAUCCUUGGACUGCUGUGUGGCACCUGUGGCUACGACAAGCAAGCUACACCAACAACCCGAGGCUGCCUAUCAAACACCGGCGGCAACCUGCUAAUGGCUGGGGUGGGCUUUUCUUUUCUUUUUGCCUGGGUGCUGAUGGGCAUCGUGACCAUCUUGUUUGUUGUUGGUGGCAACGUGGAGAAGCUGGUGUGUGAACCGCUGGCUAACCGACAGCUAUUCAAGAUCAUAGACACACCAUUCCUGGUUCAUCCCGCCAAGAAGAACUUCCUUCCUGGGAUGCUGUUUCAGAAUCCGAACAUUGACUUGACUUUGGGAAGCAUGUACAGGGAGUGUUAUGAGAACAAUGGUCUGUACCAUGCUCUGCAACUGGAGACCAUGUUUAACAUCAACUCCUUCCUCAACAGAACUGUGUACAACAGGGAUCUGGGUAAAGUGUUUGAGAGUGUGCAGAUUGACCUGCAGGACAUUACACUGCUGGAGCAGGCUGGCAGAGACAACCUCAUCAACUUUGCCAACUCUGGAAUUGGACAGAUCGACUAUGAAGCCUACCUGGCUGAGGUAAAUAAGGGAGUCACUAUCGUGGAUCUCCUGUCCUUCUCUACUGACCUGGAGGCUCAAGCCGACCAACUGCCACGUGGGGCUCUAGAGAAUGCACUGAAAGGACACGCCAGCAGUAUCAGACAGAUUCACAGAGAACAGGUGGUUCCCGUGGAGCAAGCAAUGAGUACCCUGAGCCAGAGUAUCAAGCAACUGCAGAGGAUGUCCAGCGAGCUGCCGGUCAAGGUCACAAAUAUCCUGAGUGCCAUCGAUGCAGCAGAGUACCUCAUCACUCAUAACGCCUCCCAUGUGGUGAAACAGGAAACAAAGGGCUACACACACAGCUUGGUAGGAUACUUCAAACAGUACACAGAAUGGAUUAAAAACUCACUGACUGCAGAGGUGGCCCAGUGUAAACCCAUCAGUAACAUUGUGGACAGCAUGGAGAUAGUAGGCUGCAGCUUCAUUGUCGAUUCAGUGAACACAUUCUGGUUUGGUCUGGGAGGCUGCUGCAUCCUUCUGGUUCCCAGUAUCAUCUUCUCCGUCAAACUGGCCAAGUAUUACAGAAGGAUGGACACAGAAGACGUCUUUGAAGACGGACAAGAGAACUGGAACUGAUAUUUCCCUCGUGGACCGCUGGACUUUUCCACCCUUCCCGUUCAUCUUGUAACAUUUCCAAGGACUAAAAAGUAACGACAACAAUCAGGAACUGUGUGGUGAGGGCGUCCCACCCCCCAGAACCCCUUCAAGCCAUUUGACAAGGACCUGUGAUGCCAGCCAACUGAAAUUUAUAAAGUGUUUUCUCAUACACGUCAGCAUCCAGUAGCAGCAGUAUCACAGCAGUCUUUCUAGUGUGUCAUGCAGUACAUUAUCAACUAUCAUGUUCCUGCAUAGCUAGUUUUACCUCUAGAGAAUACUUGUUUGUACUUACAUUGUCAGUUUUAACAUGGUGACACAAGUGUACAUUUUUUACACUUUCAAAACUUUUGAAAGUUUUAUAUAUUUUUGUUAAUGUUUGUUUUAUAAAAUGUAAGUAGUUUUUUUUAGUAGUAUUAGUUAAUCUUUGUGAAUAUUUAUAAUAAAGCUUGCAACAUUUUGGCUCAAAAAGUUGCAUCGACCAGGGAAUUGGGGAAUUUUAGUCCAACAUUUUGGGAAAUACACUUAUUUGCUUUCUUGCUGAGAGAACAAUAAGAAGAUCCCACUUCUUUUGUUAAAUACCAGCAACCGGUUAGCUAGUUUUGCAUAAAGAAAAAGACAAGCAAAUCUCAUGACAAUCCAUCCAGUAGUUGCUAAAAACCAAAAAUGUCAGCCUCAUGGUGGGGCAAGAGAAAAAGUCAGGGGAUUACCAAAGUCAGUAGGAUUCAUCCUCUGGGGGGCCAUAAAUGUCUGUACAAAAUUACAGAUCAGUCGACAGAGAGCCUUUCCACUAGUACUGCUGAAAACCAUAAUUUGUGGUUUUACGGGGGAAUAUUGCUGUGUCAAAGUCAGAAUUGGAGAUCAGAAUUUUCCAGCUGAAAUUUCCAACGUUCCAGGCACACAACGCCAAAUGUAAACAAAAAACAUGGCUGACCAUGACAAGCUGAUGUUUCUUACAUACAAAAUUGAACUCUUAUCAGUGCCGUUGGUGUCCCAUUUUCAGCAUGCACUUUCAUCGGUACGUCUGACAUCUGUUUCUUCAUAAAGUUGGGGUAGAUGGAUUUGCCCUGAGUUUACAGGUAGAAACUCCAACUUUCGUUCCGUUGUACUUUUUUUAGUUUCCGAGUUAUCUGGAACGCAGCAUAUUUCUUGCCUGAACUUAUUAGAGUAAUUUUUGUACGGAUUGAACAAACAAGAUAUUACAUCUUAAUUAGUGAGCUUUAGAGGUGCUAGUAUGUGGAUUUUAUUCCCUUUGUUCAGAGCCAGGCGAACGGUUCUCUUGUUUCCACACUUUGUGCUAAGCUAAGCUAACCAUCUCUAGGCUGUCGCUUCAUGGUUAGCAUAAAGACAUGAGUGUGCUAGUGAUCUUCUCAGCUAACUUUCAGCAACAAAGUGAAAAAAGGAAUUUCCUAAAAUGCCAAACUAUUCCUUUAAACACUGAAGAAGGAAACUGGCUGUUCAGUUUGGCUCCUGCUUGUCUAGAUUAUUAAAAUCUUUGAGACAUAAAAAGAUUAGUCAAGAAUUUAUCCUGGUCCAUUGCUACUACAAGAGGCAAAGUGUUACUAGCCUAUUCGACACACACAUAAAGAUACAUACACACACACACACAUACACACACACCCUAACAAGGUUUUCAGACAGCUAAUGAACAAAAUAUGUGUGUCUUAGGCAUUUCUCGCCAGACCAUUAGUGAGGGCCUAGUUGCUUGUGUUUUUUUUCUUUCUUCGCCAUCCUGUGGUUUGAGAAGUGCAACUCCCAGAAGCCUCUAUGGUGUCAGAGGCCUGGUUGAGGAACACUCACAAAAACAUUUAAUAAUACAGCUGGGGGUUGUGGUGAGGGAGCAAAUCUGUGAAUAAAAAUGUCAGUCCAA